UUCACUUGCAAUUCCCAUACAUACUGAUACUCUGCUGCGCUCAAAGCUCAACUCAAAGCUCUGCUCCUACAUUUGAGUGAGGUGUCUCUAUGGCGAGUAUACAGUUUGCUUCGUAUGUCCAUGGAGGCGCAACCUCAAUGGAUUCUAAGUUAAAUCUGGCCCAGAUUGGGCAGCGGACUCAAGUGAUGACGCAUACGGGGUUGAGAUUAGUGAAGACGGCUGAGGUGCUUCAAAUGAGAAACAAGGUGAAAGCCAGUGCUAAACAGUGGAAGAAUGUAGACACAAAGAUCAUAUGUGGAACUGGGAUGAACUUGGUUUUUGUGUCGGCCGAGUGUGGCCCGUGGAGCAAGACUGGAGGCCUUGGGGACGUUGUUGGUGGACUGCCUCCAGCCAUGGCUGCAAAUGGACACAGAGUCAUGACUGUGUCCCCACGUUAUGAUCAGUAUAAAGAUGCUUGGGACACUAGUGUCACAGUUGAGGUACUAGUUGGAGACAAACUUGAAACUGUGAGAUUCUUCCAUUGCUGGAAGCGUGGAGUUGAUCGUGUUUUUGUGGAUCAUCCCAUUUUCCUGGAGAAGGUCAUCGGAAAAACCAAAUCCAAGAUUUAUGGUCCUUCUGCUGGAGAAGAUUAUGAGGAUAACCAGUUGCGCUUCAGCAUGUUGUGCCUGGCUGCUUUGGAGGCUCCUAGAGUCUUGAAUCUAAACAGCAACAAGUUCUUCUCCGGACCGUACGGUGACGAUGUUAUCUUCGUUGCUAAUGACUGGCACACUGCUUUGCUUCCAUGCUACCUGAAAACCCUUUACCAACCUAAAGGAAUCUACACCAACGCUAAGGUUGCCUUGUGCAUCCACAACAUUGCCUAUCAGGGAAGAUUUGCAUUUUCAGACUUCUAUCUGCUCAAUCUACCUGAUCAACUCAAGAGCUCUUUUGAGUUCAUUGAUGGGUAUGAGAAACCAGUGAAGGGAAGGAAAAUUAACUGGAUGAAGGCCGGGAUUAUAGAAUCUGACAGAGUUGUAACUGUGAGCCCCUAUUAUGCCAAGGAACUUGUUUCUGGUCCCGAUAAAGGUGUUGAGUUGGACAACAUCCUACGUAUCAUUCCUUUUUGUGUGUCUGGCAUUGUAAACGGCAUGGAUACUCAAGAGUGGAACCCACUGACUGAUAAACAUAUCGACUAUCACUUUGAUAUCUCCACUGUUAUGGAUGCUAAGCCAUUGCUGAAGGAAGCUCUUCAAGCAUUAGUGGGUUUGCCUGUUGAUAAGAACAUUCCUCUCAUUGGAUUUAUUGGCAGACUUGAAGAACAAAAGGGAUCAGAUAUCCUUGUCGCUGCAGUUGAAAAAUUUAUUGGGAUGGAUGUUCAAGUAGUCAUCCUUGGAACCGGGAAGAAGAAGUUCGAGAAGGAGAUUGAGAAACUUGAGGAGUUGUACCCUGAUAAAGCUAGAGGAGUGGCUAAAUUCAAUGUGCCAUUGGCCCAUGCCAUAACUGCCGGUGCUGAUUACAUGUUGGUUCCUAGCAGAUUUGAACCUUGUGGGCUCAUCCAGUUACAUGCCAUGCGAUAUGGAACCAUACCGAUCUGUGCUUCAACCGGUGGUCUGGUGGACACUGUGAAAGAAGGAUACACUGGUUUCCAUAUGGGAGCUUUCAGUGUUGAGUGUGCUGCGGUUGACCCAGAUGACGUGACGAAGAUUGUGAACACAGUGGGCAGAGCUCUUAAUGUGUACGGCACGCCUGCAUUCACUGAAAUGGUAAACAACUGCAUGUCACAGGAUCUAUCUUGGAAGGUGCCUGCAAAGAAAUGGGAAGAGAUGCUACUAAGCUUGGGUGUGGAUGGGAGUGAAGCUGGUAUUGAGGGAGAAGAAAUAGCUCCACUUGCCAAGGAAAACGUUGCCACUCCUUGAAUUCAGAUCUCAUUUCCUUCAUUCCACUACUAACCUAUGGACAAUGGGUGAUUAUAAGUUUUGGUUUCACAAUAAACUUCCUUGCUUACAAGUUUAGUUGUCUUUUUUGUUUAUUAUUGUUUAAAGAGUCCUGUCAUAAUUUUAAAGCAAUCUAGGAUGACAUACAAAAUCAAGAUUCUUAUCUUAUGUAGUUUUGAUGACAUUCGACCGUUCUCUAAAAAAUUGAACUUGGUGAGCUUAUCUACUUAA